AUGCACAGAUCACAACGUUUUCAAAGAUGGUCAUCAAUUGCGCGGCCAUGGGUUCCGCCAGAACGCCGGCUCGACGCUUCAGAAGACAUUAUUAUCUCGACUUACAGAGCUCUUCUACGAGCAGCAGGAUACCUUCCAGACUCAUUUGCCAGAAGGUAUACAUACGAACGCAUCAAAAGUCGAUUCCGGACUUCUCGCGCAAAAUCAUCAAAACUCGCUCUCAAGGGAGAUCCAACAAGUGAUUUUACAAAGCAGCGUCUGCAGAAGGCAAAACGAUCGAGGAAGGUGUUAGAGAAUGCUGGCAAUGGGGAUAUGGAUGCGUUGAAGAAGAUCUUACUGGCUGUACAUGGUCGCGAGGGCGAGAGAAAACGAAUUCUUCUGAACCAACUCCUCCAACCUGACGAGGAUACUCUCCCGAAAGAUGCAUCAGCGCUCCAGGAUCUGAUCAACAGACCAAAGGAAACAAGCAAGCCAGAAGGCAUGCCGAGCCAGAAGUUGUACCAUUUCAUCAAGACCCAGCAAGAAAAUCAACCGGUGGAAGCGCACAAAGGAAAGCUACGGCAAUUGAAACCAAAGAUACCAAAGGAGAAUAUAUGGGGUCGACCAUUGCCAGCGAAGUCAAAGAAGUCUAUUCAAAGGAAAUGGUGGAUAGCUACCCUCGACAAGAUACUGCCCCCGAUACCUCGAAUCGAAUGGGAGAGGCUGCGGGAUCUUGCGACAGGUGCUGCCCCUUUGGAAGCACAGCCAGUCCGACGGAAACCCAUAUCAAUAGAUACGGAGGAACUUUCGGCAGACGAGAAAAAUAAGGAACUACUGCAGUAUUUCCAAGCGCCCGCAAGACCCAAAACGUCCAAGUCCUAUGAAUUUCAGACUGAAAAUGGAGUACAAAUAAUCAUGGAUGAUGGUUUAGAAGCUUCGAAGGCGAAAAAAGCGGAACUUCGUGCUAGGAAGGAGAAACGAAAGCAGGUGGAAAUUGGAAGAGAAGCAAAUAGGUUGGCACAGCUGGAUGAGCUGAAUCCUCCAAUCGAACAUUCUGAAGUUGAAAAGAUCGAGAUCCGCAAUCGAUCACUUCGUAGGCUUUAUGCAUCUAUCUGGAGCUUGACACCGACAAUGACAUAUGACGAUGUCAACAGGAAGUGGGAGAUCAUCUGGGGUGGGCAGAAAUCGCGCGCCUUAGAAGGAGUUGUUGCGAAGCCUACCCGUGCUGAAGAGGAAUUAUUCGAAGGGCUCGACACACUACCGCAGAGUCUCAGUCAAGCUGGGAAGGACAAAUUGCGGAACAGAGACGUAAAGCGUACUUUGAAAGAAGAAGCAUCUGGGCAUUUCGCUUAG